GAAAAAGAAAAGGGGAGUGGUUUCUCCCCACCUUCGUGGCUGGUGUCCUCAUCUGGUACUGCUUCACUCAAUUCAACCUUUCUCUAUGUACAUGUGCAUACUCAUCUCUUCAAAUUAUUUCCCAUUUGACCUGAUCAGAUCUCAGCCUUAUCCUCAGUCCCUGCGUACAUCCAUCCGACUAGCUGCUUGAUUUGUGGAGGGUAUGGAGAGAAAGGCUUUUUGGCAGUUCUUAGUUAUGGUUUUCUUCUUGCUGUAUUUGGCUAGAGAGGAAUGCCAGAAUUUUUAAGAACUUGGACACCCCUCUUACCUUGCUUUGGAUUAGAGUGGUGUUUUUAGUGUUGCUGUGGGUUUCCGCGAAUGGCUUCCUUCAGUAUCUUCCUCUGGCAGAUUUAGAGCAGGACUGUGUGGCUUUGCUUGAGUGGCAAUGAAUAAUAUCUUGAGUUACAUUAACCUUGAUGAAAAAAUGCAGAAUUUGAAACGGAAGUUUGAAUUAUUGGAAGCUCGUAAGGCUGACAAAUGCAUAGAAGUUGAAAAUUUGGAGCUUCGAACGGGAAGGAAACGAAAGAGGGAAGUUGAAAAUUGGUUGACGAAUGUACAAAGAAUAAAAGAUGAGGUACGAAGUAUGGAACAAGUCCCCGGGGGCAUAAAUCUUUCACGCAUACAUCUUGGGAAUCAAAUUGAGAAAAUGAUCAAGGAGGUGGAAGAACUUUUAGAACAAGGUAAAUUUGCUGAAGGGCUCACAGUAGAUGUGCAAGAUCCCUUACAACUAUUGACAGUGGAAUUAGUGGGCCAAAAAGCAGAAGAGAGCAUGAAAAGGCUCUUGGCAUGCGUAAUGGAUGACAGGGUGUUCAGCAUUGGCAUCUACGGAAUGGGGGGAGUUGGGAAGACCACACUUGCAAUGCAUAUCCACAAUGAACUCUUAAAGAAUCAUGGAAGUUUUGAUCACGUUUACUGGAUCACCGUAUCUCAACAAUUCAGUAUUUACAAAUUGCAGGGUGACAUUGCCAAAGUACUUGGCCUAGAAAAUUUUCAUUCGGAGGAGAACGAGACGAAAAGGGCUGCCACUUUGUUCAGAGCAUUGGCAAACAGGAAGAAAACGGUGGUGCUAAUUUUAGAUGAUAUGUGGGAGCAUUUUACCCUGGAAAAAGUUGGGAUACCUAUUGGGCCAAAUGGGCCUAAGUUGAUUCUAACCACUCGAUCAUUAGCAGUGUGCCGCCGGAUGGGUCUCCAAAAAAUAAUCAAAGUGGAGCCUCUUUCAAAUGACGAAGCUUGGGAGCUAUUUAUGAGAAAACUCGAGCCUCAUGACGAACUUUCUCCAGAUGUGAAAGUUGCUGCUAUGUCCAUGGCUAAAGAAUGCAAGGGUUUGCCACUUGGGAUUAUCACAUUGGCAACAAGCAUGCGAGGAGUCGAUGACAUUCAUGAAUGGAGGACUGUUGUGGAGGAAUUGAGAAAAUCAAAGUCAGGGAGACCUGAUAUGGAAGAGGAGGUCUUCUCUAUGUUGAGAAUCAGCUAUGGUCGCCUGAAGGAUCCAAUUGUGCAGCAGUGUUUCUUAUAUUGCGCACUGUUUCCUGAAGACAGUGUAAUGGAAAGAGAGAAAUUGAUUAGGUACUUUAUUGCGGAGGGACUGAUAAACGGAAUGGACAGUAGGCAGGCCGAGUUUGACAAGGGUCACACCAUAUUAAACGAACUGCAGAACUCUUGCUUGAUAGAAGAUGCAAGGCGGGACAAAAACUCAAAAUAUGUGAAGAUGCAUGAUUUGGUAAGAGACAUGGCGCUACAAAUAAGUGGUCCUCGUUUCUUGGUAAAAGCUGGACUUAAAUUGAGAGAAAAUCCGGAGGACUGGCCACAGGAUCUGAAGAGAGUUUCCUUAAUGCGUAAUGAUAUGACAGAAAUUAAGGCAGGGAUAUCGCCAAGAUGUCCUAAACUCUCAACCUUGAUGCUACAGGAAAAUCGUUUGAAGAAAAUUCCAGGCUCUUUCUUUUUGCAGAUGUGUGCCCUUAAAGUUCUUGAUUUAUCUAGAAAUGAGGUUCUACAGGGGCUACCAAAUACCAUAUCAGACUUGGAGAAUCUUACUGCAUUAUUGCUCAGAGAUUGUCGGAGUCUAAAAUAUGUGCCUUCACUAGCAAAGCUUCAGGCAUUAAAGGAGUUGGACCUUGGAGGGACUGGUAUAGAAGAAGCACCUGAAGGUAUGGCGAAUUUGGUCAACCUGAAAGUCUUGUUUAUGGAUAGUCUAAAGGAGAAUGUAGUUGUAGGAGAAGAGAUACUGCAUCAAAUGAGGGAUCUCGAAAAAUUUGUUGGCCGAUUCGGGGAUGUGAGAAGAUUCCCCCCACAGCUGAAUGCCUACUCUAUAAUAGUUGGAUUCGGAAAUGGUUAUGAUUUUGGAGAAAUGCAGCGGUAUUCUUCUAGAGCAGUAAUUUUAAAGGGCUGUAGUGUGAAUACAGAGAUCGUUGUUCAUUUACCUCCUAACAUUGAGUACCUAAAUUUUCAUAGGUGUCAUGAUUUAAAGGCACUUCCAUGCGGCACAUUUUCAAGUCUCAAAGUGUUAAAAAUAGAUUGGUGCCCGAAAAUCAAGAAGGUGUUAAUACGUGGGUUGCUGCAGCAAUAUCUUCGUAGCCUGGAAGAAAUCAGUGUCCGGAAUUGCGAGCAAAUGGAGGAGAUAGUAGCAGGUGAAGAAGAAAGAGAAGUCAAUGGCACAUUUUCAAGUCUCAAAGUGUUGGAAAUAGGUGGGUGCCCAAAAAUCAAGAAGCUGUUCACACGUGGGUUGCUGCGGCAAUAUCUUCCUAGCCUGGAAAGAAUCAUUGUCCGGAAUUGCGAGCAAAUGGAGGAGAUUGUAGCAGGUGAAGAAGAAAGAGAAGUCAAUGGCACAUUUUCAAGUCUUAAAGUGCUGAAAAUAGUUAGGUGCCCAAAAAUCAAGAAGCUAUUCCCACGUGGGUUGCCGCAGCAAUAUCUUCCUUGCCUGGAAGCAAUCAUUGUCAUCAACUGCGAGCAAAUGGAGGAGAUAGUAGCAGGUGAAGAAGAAAAUGACGACCAGGCAACUGCUGAUCUAAGUAUUACCUGUUCAGCCUCAAACAAUGACGAAAUUGGCAUAAAAACAAUCCACCUUCCAAAAUUGAGGAAAUUAUGGUUGCGGAAUCUACCAGAAUUGAGAAGCAUUUAUAGGGGAAAGAUGGUUUGUGAUACUCUUGAAAAUGUUGAUAUAGUAAGUGAGUGUCCGAAGCUGAAGAGGCUCCCUCUAUCUCCCUCUGCCUGGAAGCACUCAAGGAGUUCCUGAAGUGAUGAUGAAGAGUGAAGAGAACAAAUUAGAGCCAUAGCAAUGAAGAGGCGGAAGGGCCAGUGCCACUGUCCACAUUCUUUGGUAGCCAUAGCGUAAAAAUAUAAGGAGAACACUAUUUUGAGUCAUUUGUAUUUUUAAAGAUUCUUUCCUUUAAACGGCAGAUGAGUGAAUCCAUUCUCCCUUUGCUUUUGGUGGAAAUUGGGCCCUCUUGCUAUCUAGUUUUAUUUUAUCAUUUUUAUUUUCCCUUUAAUUUCUUUUAUGAUAAAUAAUUUCUUGUUAUCUA